CGUUGACACCUCUACAAUGUCGAACGCGUCAGCUGCAAGCAUAUUGGCUCAGGAAGAAGCGGACACCUUACAGCUAACAUACGCCAACAACUACUGUUUUCUCGCGGUUACUGCCUUUAUCUUCUUUGAGUACAUUGUGACUUUCUCUGAAGAGGUUCACGUCAUCUGGGGAGCCAGGUUGACCACUGUCACGAUCAUCUUUACCCUCAACCGUUAUCUGCUCAUCGUACAAGGCCUUAAUUUUGCACUUAAUGCUGUCUGGUGGCAUACUCCACUGGCUGUUAACUUGUUGGUAAACGUGACGAUCGUUCUUCUUGAGGCUGUGGCAGCAAGCUUUUCCGCGUUUCGCACAUAUGCCAUUAGUGGACACCAGAUUGUCCCUGCGUUGCUGGUCUUGCUACUGGGGCUAGGGCCAGCCGGCGUCAACGUCUACACAUAUACAAGACUUUCAUACGCGUUCGUCGGUUACGCAGGCAGCUAUCCAGUUUGUGAAUUUAACGACCCCGAGUCCAUCGCGAUACAGAACAAACUUGUCCUCAUCGCGCGCAUCUGCCCGGCUGUAUCCGAUCUGAUCGUGGUCCUUGUCACUUGGUUCAAAACAUUCCGACUCGCCAUAGCAGUGCGGAAGUCACGGAUAACAGGAUCGAUCGCGACAUUGUUGAUCAGAGACGGUGAGGCCCUUUUGUUUCUCAACAUCCUCGAGAUCGUGAUCAAAGUUCGCUACGAGAAUUCACAGAAUUACGCAAACUACGUCACACUUUUCCUGCUACCAAUCUCAUCAAUCCUGGUGUCGCGCUUCAUCCUCAACCUACGCCAGGUGUCCCUCGGCAGCAUGGGCUUGAAUACGAUUUCUCACAGCACCCUGAACACGCCGGACAUUCCCUCUCGCCUGGUUGGCAACAUUGGCGCCGAGCUCCAACACACGUCCCUUGUUUUUGAGAAUGUCGAGGAUGAUGCCGAAGACGAGCAGAAUACCAGUGAGGACUGUGAGGCCUACGAGCUGGCGCAGGUGCAGUAGUCAUCGUACGAGCUAUGCGAUCGUUUUUGAUGGCCGAUCGUACAACUCGAUGGCGUUGUUGGAUAAAGGCGACUCGCCAUGUGAAUGACCGUAGUCAACGGGAGACGACCGAGCACCACUGGAUGAUGUGGUGAUGUCUCGCCGGA